AAAGCUGCAAUUAUUAGCAUAACAUCAUUAAAUCUUAAACACAAUCACCCGCUUAAUUCUAUGACUAACUCAUAUGCUACCAAAAAUCGAACACUACCCGAAGCCGUCAUACAAGAAAUUCGUUUUUAUAUGGCCCAAGGAAAUCUUAGUACAAUAAUUCAGUGCAGACUUUUGUCAGCCAAGUUUCCUGAGAUUACGAUAUAUCUACAUGAUGUUGAAAGUGAAAAUUCAGUAAUAAAAAGCAUUCUUCAAGGUCACCCCAGUCUUUGCGAACUUGCUGCUAUACUAGAUCUUCGGCUAUGUGAUGAGGCACGAUAUAUUAACUACAAUGAGUGGUACUAUGCUAAUGCAAACAUGAAAUUACGACAAUUGCUAUAUUAUUACACAGUAAUGGAAAGUGAUGAAUUACCUGCUUCUGAAUCUAGUAAGGAAAAAUAUAAUACACAACAAAUUUAUUUGAAUUCUCUUUGUAGUAUUCUUUCAUAUAAUACUAUUCCUAAACAUUGGUAUAAAAAUGAAAAAAUGCAGGAUUUAUGUUUAGAUGAACAACCCUAUAUAAAGAAUAAUGGCAUAGCACAAUUAAUAGAAGGUUGCUUACCUUGCCCAAACUUUUUCCUAUGCGCCAGAUUACCAAGUUCCAUAGUAAUGAUGUUUUUAGUUCUGAAGUUCGCCAUGCAGUUCAGAAAUGACAUGAUUAUGGAGAAACUUUUAAUCUUGCUCAGAAGACGGUUUGAACAAAGGCUAACAAAUAUUAACAAUAAUAACAAGAAGGAUUUUGAUCCUAAUCAAGAAGACCUUCGAUUAAAUGGCUUAAAAGUAGCUUUGAACAAGUUAAAAGCAAAAAGCCUAUUACGCAAAACAAAUAUGGCAAAUAUGGGUAGUUGGGCAUUAUGCACCAACUUGCAAGAACUAGA